GCGCCGCCGCGUGGAACGCACCCAGUCUUAUUAGAAACAAAAUCAAACCAUAACAAAGCGAAAUGUAUGUCGACGGACAUGCUUUCGUUUUUAACUUAUUUACCUCUAUGUUUUAGACACCCUUGUGAUUUUAAUUAUUCCAUGAGUCUGUUUUAACGCUUGCUGUAAAAAUGAAUGCUUCUGAAACGCGUGUACCGAGCUUUACAAAUGAAAGUUUCGAGCUUGUUGAGGAUGAGGCUGAGCAUCCCUUGGGUGUCUCAGCCCUGGUCAGCCGGCUGAAUUGUUCGAGUGCUGGCAGUGAUGCUGGCAGCCAAGCGAGUCUGGAGGGCCAGAAGAACGGCCCUGCGGAACAGGGUCCGGAGAAGAACUUCCCAUGGCUGACUGCUUUCUCUAAACAUUGCCGUUCAGCAAUUGGCUCCAAGAGUAUGAAACAGUUGGAUGAUCUUCUUGCCAUUUACUUAGAGCAUGUGACGGCACACUACCUGGACUGCCACAAGCUGCCCAACAAAGCCGCCAAGUUGAAGCGGAACAUCAACGACACUAUGAUCUUCUUCCAUAUGCUCUACAUGGACAUUAGGGAGCCCCUGGAAAAUGCCUUUUACUAUGAUAAGAUGACAGAACUUGUGGCUAUGUACCUGGACUUGGAAAUAACUGCUUCAAGGAGAGGGAAAGACACAGAAAAAACAGUUACCAAUAAGCUCUCUACAUCUCUGUAUACUUUCCUUGAUCAUUCAGAAGAUCACAUACUUGAUGCUCUCUUAAAAACCAAACUUAUUAAUAAGCAUUCCAAGAAAGUUUGUGUGCCUCUCCUCAGGAAGAUUUUGUCAGAACUAGUGGUAAGAAGACCACUUGCUGAACUGACAUAUGUGAGAUUCCUCCUUUCAUUUAAAUUGUGGAAGAAUGUUGUAGAAGAUGUGGAAGAGCGUCGUGCUAUCAAUAAACUUGCUGCUCAACGUUUGCAUCCCCCUCCGGAAUAUUUCCUGGAUCAUGAUAUAGCCAAGCAUAAUACAGAAGUAUUACCCAGAGUUCCAAAGAACAAGAAAAACUGUACACUUUUUUAUCUUGGAGCAAAUUUUAGUGUGAAAGGCGCUUGCUAUGCCUUUUUCCGGUACUGUAAAGACACUAACCGCGCUAAUGUUUACCGACGCAAUAUUCCUGUCUCUGAAGAGAUUGAAAAACCUUUUCUAAUAUCCUCACGUUCUUCACACAGAAAUAAUGAUGCUGAAGAGAGUGGCAGCUGUAGUCUUAUCAAUGAUAUCUGGAGUACAAUCUCAAAUGGUGAUUCCAGCAGUAAUUUGCUGGGAGAGUCUGAUAUGUUUAGUGAAGUUCAUGAGGAAGAAAGAAAUGAAAGUUUGGGUGACGAGGCUUCAAAAAAGGAUAAGCCCCAUGACAGCCCUGACUCUGGAAUAGACACCUCAGAUAGAAAUCAAAGAAAAGACAUUAGAAAGAAGAAGGAACCUGUACCUGUUACUAAAUUUGUGAUGAUCAAGACUGAAAGUGUAGUCGAUCCUAUACCUGCCUCGAGUCCUGCCAAGGGUGUACAGGACUGUUGUUUGGGGUCUGUGUUCAUGAUGGAGCAGGUUAACAAGGUGGGAGGAGGGCAUGGCCAUUCAAAAGCUGAUGUAUGUGAAUCUGAGUUGCCCACCAGUAGUAGGCAGCAUUCUGUUCUAGAAUCUUUGGUUUACACUCAGCCAGGGUCUGACAAUGAAGCUGUUGCUUCCUCCUCAGUCAGCCCUAAAGCAGGCACUGUUCAAACCUCCCACCUUGACACCAAUGAGUGUGAUUCAUCUGUUGAAAUUUUGCAAUCACGGCAAAUUUCUACGGAUGUAAGCCUCCCAUUACAAUUGAAGCCGUCACUGAACAUAGACGAAGAAUUAAGAUCGGACAAAGCUUCCAAAGAAGACCUUCUGCUGUUCACUGGAAGUGAUCCAGUUGCAGAUGAUGGAGGCGGUGUCUUCGAGUCUCCAUUCUCAGAUUUCAACAUGUUCCGUGAUGAUCUAUUCACCUGUCGUAGUUUUGAGGAUCAACCGUCAAUGAUGUAUCGACGCACAGAUGUGACUGGAUCUCUGCCUUUCCAAGGCAGUCCCCUUCUUGAAGAGGAUGAGGAAGACUUCAGGAGUUUUAGAUGGACUGGUGUGCCAGAUUAUGCAUCAAUUCAGAGCACCAUCAUCAAUCAGUCUUCUGGAACAAGCUCAACCUCUGAUCUAACAUCGUGCUAUGGUGGUGUGGAAUCCAAAACCACACCAGAGGACAACGAGGAGCCUAAACUGGGACAUGACUUAAAGUCUGGAAAGGGAUCAACUCAAGGUAUGUUGUGGCAUAAUAUUUCAUGUGGGGGUAAAGUUUUGCGUGUUCGGUCUGAUGUGUUAGCCCGGUACAAGGCUGCUUAUGCAGCUCACAUUCGUUCCCGGUCUGUACCACCAUCUCAAACUGCAGCACAGUCACCAACCAUACCACCAUCUCAAACUGCAGCAAUCUCAGAAACUGUACCACCAUCUCAAACUGCAGCACAGUCACCAACCGUACCACCAUCUCAAACUGCGGCAAUCUCAGAAACUGUACCACCAUCUCAAACUGCAGCACUGUCUCAAACCGUACCACCAUCUCAAACUGCAGCAAUGUCACAAACCAUACCACCAUCUCAAACUGUAGCACUGUCUCAAACUAUUCCACCAUCUAAAACUGUGGCAGUGUCUCAAACUGUACCACCAUCUCAAUCUGUACCCCCAUCUUCCAACUCUCUUCCCCCACCACCAAUAGCAAUAUCACAUGGUAAUGGUAAUAAUUCAUUGUUAGAAGGGUCGGAUAAUCUUAAGAUUCUAGCAGAGGAAGCAGUUCGUGUAAGGGAAGCUUCAGUGGCUGAGGCAAAAUGUAAAUCCAAAUUAGCUGCUAAUUUAAAUUUACCACUUAAGAAACGUAAAUCUUUAGCUUCUGUUCCUGAUUUAGCUAGUGUCAAUAGUAGGAAUGUAAAUAGUGAACCAUCGUAUCCGUCGGCUCCCAUGUUGAGCAUUGCCCAGGUUCAAGGAGUGAGCAAAAGUGUCAUUGUUAUGAACAGUCAGUAUAGUUGGCCUAGUGGGCGAUCCAGCAUCCCUACUGCAACCCAAGUGAAGGACAGGGCAACUGCCUCAGCAACUCAUGAAGAUCCAAGAGACAAACCCAUUGAUAUGAGUUCAAACAAGAUAACAGCCAAAACUGAUGGGCCAAACUUUGGUAACAAAAGAGCGGAUAACAUUUCUGAUGGAAGUUCACUAUGCAAGCUGUGCAAACGUGUUGGUUGUCAAGGUAUUUGCCAAAAUAGCAAGAAUGUGUAUGUUCCAAGCAAGUCUUCUGUGAAAUGCUGUGGAGUGAAACAUUGCAGUGGCUCCUGCAAGAAUGUUCCACAAACAGUGCACCACUACACUGUCCAACGAGAAGUUUCAGUGACCAACAAAGUGAAAACAGAGUCGAGUAACAAGCCAAAUGGGAUUCUCAAAACAAGACCAGGCGUUGUUUUCUGUCAACAUUGCAACAAUGUGAAAUGUGAUGGCCGCUGCAAGCUAAACAAAAGCUCAAGCGAAGGGGUGAAGAAUCAGAGGGUUCAUUUUAACAGCCCUUCCAAGGCUGUUUUGAAAUGUUUCCAAUGCAAGUCCCCAGGCUGCAAUGGAAAGUGUAUGACAAGUCAUUCACGAUGCUCUACUGCAGCACCAAGUAAUCGGAAGACAGCACGUUGUGGACUUUGUAAAAUUCCCUCUUGUAAUGGUCUAUGCAAGACAACUGCAUCAAAAUGCAGCAUCUGCUUUUCUGAAAAUUGUGAGGGAACAUGCUAUUUGACUGGGCGUAGCACUAAUAACAGCCUAUCUACUGUAAAUGACUUCAGUGUCUUGAACUCUCAUGUGUUUGCUGACAAACAGCCAAAGUGCUUGGUUUGUGCUAAAACCUGUUGUGGAAAAUGCAAAAGUGCUUCUGCAACAGGCUUCAAGUAUUGCCCAUACUGCUUUCCUGAUGUUUACAAAGGAACAAGUUUAAGCCACAGUGUUAAAUCAAUUCUUGGAACAAGUGCAAAGCCCAAACCAGAAGUUGCUCUCAGCACACCUAAAAGAGCAAAAGCCUCUGCUGCAAGUCGCCGCACUAGAAGCUCAUCGACAUUGCCAAGACAAUAUACAGCUGCUGCUGGUAGUGAUGCCCAGUCCUUCACUGUUGAUGAUGUGAAACGCCGUAAGAAGUCUGUGCAGAAGCCUGUGGCUAGAUAGCACUGCAUUGGUUCUGUGGGGUUUGGCCUUUAGCAAAAUUAUCACCUAAUGUGUAGGUAGAUGCAAACCGGUACUUAGCUCCAGUUUUGGUUUUGUAUAAAAGAGAGUUGUGUAUUGUAUUUUAUUGUUUAUAGCCUCCUUUUCCUAGGAGACCCAGAGUUUUAUCCUGAAAAUGGUGCAAUGUCAAUAUAAGGUAUUUCUGUGAUCCUCAGUCAAAAACCAGCAAGUUAGUCAUAUAUUUUAGGUGUAGUUUGUUGUUAGACUCAACUUGAUGAGUUUUGCUUGGAGAACACAGGGAUCUUAGCUUUAAGUAAAGUUAAUUUGUAUUCUUUUCUUUAUUGUUAAGUCAGGGUUUAUAUUUAAAUAUUGUGUUGUACAUUUUUUUCUUUUCAGUAUUCGAAUGUUUAAUAUAUGGGUCUUAUUUAAAAGACAGGGAGUUGCUGUUAGUUUUGAUUUAGUUUCCCUAAUAUUAGUGAUUUUAAAAAUGUCUGAAGAAAUAUCAAACUGCCGUAGAGCCUUUGCUCAGUUGUUGGUUAAUGCACUCCCCUUAUGGUGGAACUGUGUUAACAUAGACUUUAUUUAAAGCUUAGUUUCACUGCAGUCUCUUAUUUGAAAAAUAUCCUUUUAACUAACCACAGAGACAGGAGUUUGCAGCUCUUUUUUGCAGUGAAAUUAAUUUGUCUCUUUUCUAUUUCUCAGAUAUAAAAGAUUGAUCCAAAUGAAAAAUAUACAGCUCUUUAUUAACGGAAGUGUUCUUAUAACUACUGCAAGUUUACUUUUUAUGCUGUAGGGGAAGUUUUGUCUAGUUGUGGUUCUGUUCAGAAAGUUUUUUGUUUGAAUCUUACAAAUUGUGGGGUUUGUACGGGGUAUUUAUAAUAAUAUCAACUGUCUGAUGUUGAUAAUUGAAUGUUGUGUAAUUCUGUUUAAAUUAGAUUUUAUAUAAUAUAUAUGAAGCUGUCUUUGAAGUUCCUUAUGAGCCAAACAAUCAUGUCAAAACAUCACAUUGUUAAAAAAAAAAUGUUUCAUACAACUUUUUACAAAAAAAUUACUGUAUGUGGUUGGAUCCUGCCAAUGGCAUUUGGUCUGUACUCUUGAUGUUGAUAUUACCACUUUUGACUCCACUAAGUCUGUGUUCAAAUUGUAGCAUUGUUAACUUCAAGAUCAGUGACAGUCCCUCUAAAGUUGUGACUUGCACUUUGUGAUGCUGAUUAGGAAAGGUGUUCCUUAUGUUAUACCAUUCCACAUUGAUCUAUACUGAUCUCUAAGACGUGUCUACCUCAUGUACAUGUUUAAGCUGCGAAAGGAUGUACAAUUGUGUAUAUUUCAUAGUACUCCUUGCUUGAGCUCUCUUCUUCUCGUUGUUAAGAAUUAUUAAGAAGUGCACAACUAUUUUGUAAUAUGUUUAAUACAAGAAGGAUUUUGGUUUUGUCUUUCUUGAGCAGAUUCUGAGUUAGGGAAUUGUCAACCCUAAUUUUUUAGUCAGAUGACAUGAUUCAUAUUUUUCUGUGUCAUUGGCUACAGCAAAUCAAAAGAAUUCCUUCAGAAUAACUUCAGGACAAACCUUUCAAAAGAAGCUACAUGCUUUUUGUUUUGAAAUCAAAAUUGAAGCUUUUGAGUUUUUAAAACUUUUGAAUUUCAUCUCUUUUCAUUUGCAUCCUAGUAAAGAACAAAACUUCGCUUAUUUUCUUGAUCUUUGUAAUGUUAAAAUUAUAUUUGACCUGCUGCCUGUAUCAAAUUCUGGGAAGACAGACUCUGCAACAUCCUGCACAGUGACAUCACCACCAAGAAGAUAACAUCAAAGUCUAAAGUAGCUUCCUUGUUUUCAAACUAAAUAUUUAAUUCUCUUUGGUUUGGUUAAUUUUUUGCGUUUAAAUAUUUUAAACCACAUCAGAUGGAACAUAAGCUUUUGGUUUGUGUUUAACAAGUUCAUUAACUUCAAUCAAAAUUAAGUUCAGUUACUUCUGCAAAGUUCUCAAAUAUUCUCCCUUUGUUGCUUAUGAAUCAAAUGACUUCCAAGAAGAGCCUGCCUACGCUUCAUCCUUCAUCAGCACCAAUGCGAAGAUUUCAUCCUAAUUGAUAAUUGAUUCCCAUUAAGUUUUGCUUGAAUUCAUUUGUUGCCUUAAUCUAUUCCUAUUACAAAGCAUCAAUUCAAAUCUUAUCCCAGACAAUUUUCAUCUUUUAAGUCAGUCAAGAAUUUGUUGUACAUUGGUUUUCAUUUUAAUUAAGUUAAAGUUGCAUUCCUCUUACAAUCCAAGUCCUUCUGACAAAUUUUCAUCAUCAGUUCAGAAACCUCCUAACAGUUCUGUAUUUCUUCCUUUGGAAUCAAAUGACCUCAAGAGGAUCCUGCCUGCACUUCAUCUUUAAUCAGCACUUCUAUGAAGAUAAGCAUCCUAACUGAUUCUCGUUUCAUUUGAACUUCCAUUUCUUACCUUAUUGCGAAAGUGUCAACUUAAUGUAAAUUCUCGAUAACAUUUAAAGUCUCUUGGGCCAUGCUAGAAUUUAUCAUUACAGUAAAAUUUCUUGAAUACAGUUACAUUUAAGUUUUUAAAAUCUCUUGGGCCAUGCAAGAAUUUAUCAUAGAUUUUUCUUGAAUACAGUUGAGUCUAAGCUUUUAAAAUCCAAGUCCUUUUGGCAUCAUAUUUUGAUCUUCAAUCCAUCGUGGGAUCAACAAUGCUUCAUUCAACAUCAUCAGAUCACCUCCUAAGUCGCCGUUCUGCAAGAUUGUGGCCGUCCUUGUGUUAGCAAUGAAGUGCAAAUUAUUUAAUCAUCACUCUUUCUUGUGAUUUAACUUUGUUUUAAUGUAACAUUGACAUAUAAGAGAUUAGAGGUAUAUAUUUUUUUAGCUUUAAUUUUUAUUGGCUAUGAAGAGUUGUUUUGUGGUUUUUUUUUUUUUUUUUUUUUUUUGGCAAAGUUUGAUGGCAAGUCUUACUACCUGGGCAUUUGUAGACGUCUUUUCUCUUCAUUUUAUCUUUACUUUGAGGUAUAAUUUUUAAAUUGGGAUUAGUAUUUUAUUGAAAUCAUAAAUCUACUUAAAUAUGCACACAAGCCACAUUUCUUCACUUUUGCCACG